AUAGCGUAGGGUCACAUGUUGCUAAGCGAAGGACGUCUAUGUACGGAGUGAAUUGGACGAUUGUGAUCGAUGUUUUGGAUUUGAUUUUCAAGGACUGUGACUGUCAUUCUGUAAUAUUAGAGACACACUUAACAAGAUAUGUCUUUAGAUUAUCAGAGGGCCACAUAUAUUCCUGUCAGACCAGAUUCAAAGCUCAACAAGACUACUUAUGAUUUGAUGAACAGGUGGAGACGCGAUAUAUCGGGAGAGAGCUCGGCAAAUAAUAAUAUAGACUCGGAGGAUCGGAAACAGGCUUUGGGACAAAUUGUAUCGAAACUCAGAUCCCAAAGGCGACCCAUUCCACCUGUGUUGGUUGACAGACAAGAAACAAAUAAAUCCUCAACAUCCAGGAAUCACCACCUUGAAGCCAUGGAAUUAUUCGAUGAGAUGGGACGACCUAAGCCAAAUGUAGUAAUGACUCAAACAGGACCAAUUGAUCUACUCUCACAUUACAAAGAUUCAAAAUGGCCACCAUAUGCAUCAAUGGUGGAUAGGAGACCAUCCAUUGACACUGACCAACCCCAUCUUCAGUACCACAAAUCAGGAGGUUACGAUGACUUCCACAAAGCAUAUAUGUCCCUGGAAAAAGCAGGAUUUAAGAAAGGCAUGCCUUUACCUCCAAAGCUACGACAUGGACGGGGUGGAAGUACAUGGAGAAAUGUGAAAGAAGUGCUACAGGCAGAGGGAAAACGUAUAGUGUUUGUUGAUGGCCAAAUCAGUAUAGACGAUACUUGGAAUAAAGAAAAACUACAGGAUAUCCCUAAAGCCCCCUUCCAGAUGAGAGAACCAAGUAAACCCACCUAUAGUCAUAAUAAGCAAACAUUCCCACAAAUAAACCAAAAGUUUACCACAUACACUAGUAACAAACAACAUCAAAAGUACCCACCAGAGCAUCAAUUUAUGUACAUUGGCAAAAAGGCAAAAGUAGGACACAAAUCACCUGUGUCAUCAUACAAAUUGGCUGCCUUCAAAGGGACAGAAAAUGCUAACUGGUGGUUAAUGAGAUGAAUGGACAUUGAAUUGUAUAUAUCAACAACUUACAUAAGUGCAGCUGUGCAGCUUUGCGAACUUCAUAAAAUGGCUGUUACAAAAAACCACUUCCUGCCUACUUAACCAAAAGUAUUGUACGGAUUUGCAUGACCUAUUUAUACAGAGUUGUGUUUGAGGUGUUAGCAAUGUAAAGUAAACAUUAAGUAAGAAAUCUUGCCAUUAGUCUCUGUCUUGAAAGAAAGUACCUCUCCACGUGAGUCAUAUUUCCAUAUAUUUGAUUUGGAUUUGGAUUAUUAAUACUUUAUAAUAAAUAUCAUUUAUUUGUAAAAAAUCU